UAUGACUUGAAGAAGGCCCCUGGAUUGACCGCUAGACGCGCCACUUUCGUACGCUGUUGGCAGUAGUCGCAGCUGUCUCGUUAAACAAAAUGGCGACCAUUACUCUGUGGAGAAAGGCAUAAGGCGCGUAUCGACCGAUGAAAAAUGGAGGUUGAAACAAUUGAAGCGGAUAGCAAUGAUCUCAUGGAAAUACUGAAGCAGGCUGCAUCGGGGGAUGAGAUUAUUUUUGAAGCCAAUAUUGCUGGGGAUGGAGAUGGUGAAGACGCAGAGGAAGUAGAAGAAAUUGUUGAGAUAAUUGAAGAGAUUGAAGAGGUAGAAGAACCAGAGGAAGUUGAGCAAUCUGUGGGUACUGAGGAAAAUGAAGAUAACGAAAUUGACGAACAUAUGGAUUUGAGUAUGCCAGAUGCAGAAGCAAGCGACCAAAGACAAAAUGAGGAUGAGGAGACAGAAAAUCCUGCAAAGUCAUCUUCGAAAAAUUAUGCUAAUACUGAUACAGACUUGAGCCAAAUGAGAGCAGAGUAUGUAAAAAAGCAAUUGAAGAAGCAUUUUAAGAAUGACGGUGACAAAGAUAGAAGUAAACAACACGUGAAUUACGACAUUGAUGAGGAUUGGGAAGAUGAAGAUUUGGAUCAGGGACAACAAUCAAAAGUAGAGUCCAGUCAGGCUCAAAUUCGUAGUCGUAAAAAAACUUCUAACAAUCAAAUGGAAAAAGAUGACAGACACUCUACACAGAAUGGUAGAAAACAUCUAUCAAGUCCAAACCAUGAUUCAUCAUCUCAACCAGGUAGAUCUCGAGGUCAUGGAAAAAUACCGCAACAGGAAUCGAAUACAGAUGAAACUACAAAUGAAUAUUGGGAUGAAGAAGAGCAUGAAUCUAUUGUAGGAUAUGAAGAUGAUCAAUCAGGUUCUCAAAAUGAAGAGAACACAGAUUCUCAGCAUGAGAUUGUGAAGAAUGCUGAAAACAAUUUAGUUUAUACUGUUCUUGGAUCCAAGAAACAAAAUAAUUCAACUAAACAAACUCAAGACGGAAGGUUCAUUAGUUCACGUUUAGUAAAGAUCGAACAGCAUGAGGAAACCCCAACCGAGGGCACAAUAUAUUAUGAAAACGAAGACAUGGAAACUUUGUAUGUUGAACAAUCUGGUGGUGAUCACGAUAAUUACCAAUACAACAACAUUAUUGAAGGAGAUGAAGAGGUGACUAGAGACAGUAACAGGGACGAUGAGGAAACUGACAAUCAAGAACCACAGGAGCAAAUCUUUCUACAUGAGGACGAAGAUGGGCAACUUUAUUUCAAGGAUGAAAAUGGAAAACUGCAACCGGUAUACUUAACGCCGGAUGGAAAUUACGCCAUUGCCGAGAAUAGUAGCGAUGACCAAGACAGUCGAGAUCUGGAUCAACAGGUAGCCAAUCCAAGACAACCCGAAGGUGGUGCUGUACUUAUACCUGGUUUCGACUACGCCCCCAGUACCACAACCAAAACUGCUGUGGUGCCAGCGUCAACAAUACAAGAGAUAGACAAUGAGGAUAAUACUGUGACAAUAUCUUUAAUCAUCUCUGAAGACGAGAAUGGGCAAAAACGGACUCAAGUUAUCAUUCCAACAACAGACAAUCUCAAGUGUGACACAUGCAAUAAAUCGUUUAAAUCCUCAUUUCAGUUACUUAGGCACAACAGACUGAAACAUGCCCGAGAGGAAGAUAUGACCAGCAGAAAUUAUCCGUGUGACUCAUGUCCCAAAAGGUUUCCAGAUCAAAAUUCAUUGGCCCGUCAUCGGAAGUCUCAUACAGGCGACAGACCGUUUCAGUGCCUUGAAUGUCACAAGACCUUCCCUACGUCGUCCACGUUACGACGCCACCUUACUCUGCAUAAUCCUCAGUCACGUCCGCUGCCUUGCAUCUACUGCGGUCGUCGCUUUCUGGAUAAAGCAAGCCUAGCAAAACAUGAACAAUCUCAUCUUGGUGGAGAGCAACGUACUCACACGUGUGAUAUAUGCCACAAAGCUUUUAUGCACGCCAGUGAUUUGGCACUUCACAAGAAGAAUCAUGAUCCCGAACGGAAAUUCGAUUGUGAAGUUUGCGGACGAGAAUUCAACAGACUCAAUAAUCUGCAGCGGCACAUGAUGGUUCAUCAGCAGGUACAUAUGCAAGGAAAUAAUGACGAAGCUUUGUCUUGCGACGUGUGCGGCAUCACUUACAAAUUUAUGAGCUCUUUAACCAGGCAUAUGGUGACGACUCACGUGAAUCCAGAGAAGAUGCGGCAGCAAGCGGAAGAACAACGACGAAAACGAGAAAACAAUUACCGUCGAUACAUGGAAAAUCGAAAAAUGUACGAAUGCCAGCCUACUUCUGGGUAUACCAACAAACGUACAGCAUUUCACCAUAAUACGGUCUCUAUGAAUAUGCAGAUGAGCGACAAUGACGAAGAUGCUUAAUCAUAAUUAUACAUUAAUUUGUAAUUUUUAUUAUUUACAAACUUUAUAUUCCUCAAGACGGUUAUCUCCUAAUUGAUGUAAUUAUUUCUCAGUGUAUACAAAACCUGAAUACAUUACCAAUUGAUUUUAAUGUACUGAAUCAUUGAAUGAAUAAAUAAGUACAAACUUGAA